UUAGCCUCUGGAAUCUUGUGCACUUGUUUUCUUGGUUCCCGGGAAAGAGGUGGCAGCAUGAAGGGAAAACAGAGAGAAAGCGCCGAUAAACCCAGAGAGGAAUUAAAGGGAAUCUGAAAAGAGCGGGAUGAAGAGAGAGAAAGUGACUGUGAGGAAGAUGAAUAAGCUGAACAUCAAGAUGCCUGCAGUUUGAUGCAGCAACACUGUGAGCAUGUGGCUGCUUGUACCUAGCAUUUCAUUCUCCAUUCUCCAGCGGACUGCUCUGAGGUCUGCGCUCACGUCGCUCUGUGCCACUUCAUUCAUCUCUCUGCAGUAAAGUGAGCGUACUUUCAUUUAUUCCACUCAAAGAGGACCUCUGUCUGUAUGACUUUAUGCUGGCUGACACACUGACCUCUGGAGUCUCUAUUGGACGGAGGAUCUGGAUCACCUCAAGCCUCGCGAAGAACAGAGGCGACCGAUGUGGGGCUCAGGAAGUGUAAACCGACCGGGGCCGGUCCCUGCCUUCCUCAGGAGCCCGCCUGUCAUCCCACCCCCACUGGACAUGAAGCCCUUCCUCCAGUUCCCCCUGGAGACGCCUCACCCGGCCAGCAUCGGCCUCUUCCACAACUUUAACACAAUGGACCCUGUCCAGAAGGCUGUGAUGACGCACACCUUUGGGCCACCUAUGGUGAAGACAAAGCGGCCAAUCAUUUCCUGCAACGUCUGUCAAAUACGCUUCAACUCAGAGAGCCAGGCAGAGGCCCACUAUAAGGGGAACCGUCAUGCUCGAAGGGUGAAAGGAAUCGAGACAUCUAAAACAGCUCGUGUCCAAGAUGGUGACAAGCAGCACCCUCCCCCUACUGCUUCGCCCUCCCCACCAGGCCCUUUGCCAUCCAGCCCUGAGCCCGAUCCUAAUAAGCAGGAUGUCCCCCAAUCCUGUCCCAACUCUAAUGAGUCACAUUUGACCCCUAGCUGCCUCCCAACACCCACACUGAGCUCAACAGACGCAGAGUUUCCCCUUUUGCCGUCUGUCAGCUCGCCUUUGCCAUCCUCUCCCUCCCCCACCGCGGCCCUCAGUAGCCCCCCUGCAGAUCCAACAGUGGCUGGUCUUCCUGACACCCCAUCCCCAGCACCCAGCCCAUCUUCAGGAGAGUCAGAGGAAGAGAAAGCCAAGAAGCUUCUUUACUGCUCCCUGUGCAAAGUAGCUGUUAAUUCCCUCUCACAACUGGAGGCACAUAACAAAGGUACCAAGCACAAAACCAUUCUGGAAGCUCGGAGUGGACUGGGACCCAUUAAAGCAUACCCACGCUUGGGUCCUAAACCCAGCCCAGAGCAGGGAGGGGAGCUGUCCUCUGACCCCAACACUCAGGAACGGACCUUCCACUGUGAGAUCUGCAACGUCAGAGUCAACUCUGAGCUACAGCUUAAACAGCAUAUAUCUAGCCGCAGGCAUCGUGAUGGAGUUGCAGGGAAACCCAACCCUCUUCUCAGUCGGCACAAGAAGCGCACAGACUUCAUGGAACUUCCAAAAACUCUGGGGGCUGGACUUUUACCAAAUCCUCUAGCCGUUGCUGCAGCAAUGGCGGCCGCAGCAUCCUCGAAUCAGCUGGCUCUACGUCCUCCUGGCCCGACCGCCCAUCAUCAUCCUCAUCACCACCUCCUCCAGGGAACGCCCCUCAGCCUGCUGAGGCCUGCCCCGGGGCCCAUCCGCACCACGCACGGGCCAAUCCUCUUCACUCCUUACUGACGGCGAGAGAAAGAGGACGAAUCAGGAAGAAGCACACUGUGAAGUGGAGGCCUGCAAACAUGUGCCAUCAAGAGCCAAAUCAGCUGCUGUGGCUCCAGCUGGUGUUUCAUUAUGAGAAAAACAGAGAAAAUAAAUAUGACUCUUCAUGGUGCACACUGUAGUUGCAGACCAAUGCUGUUAACAGAGAGAACCAGAGAUAACUGACGUCAAAGAGACUUUAUGGUCCAGUUUCCCUUCAUUGCUUAAUUAUCUGGCAAUCAUCAGACUGACUCUGCAGAUAGUUUAAAGAGGAACUUAUAAACAAGUUUCUAUCAAGCAUGGACGUCUUUGAGCAUCCUCCAAUCUGCAACCGGCUAAAUGUCUUCAUCUACCAUAUGAUCCACUGUGUCUGACUCAAAACCCUACCUCUCUUACGUUUUUAAUGUUCAUCUCUGCAAGGAUUCAGUACACGUCCAAAGCAUUAAUAUUAUCAAAAACAGUGUCUGCUGGGUUAGAUAUAGUUGCUGCCUCUGAUGUUAGCUGGUAUCAUACUGUAGCUGUCACAGUAUAGUGGAAUGUACCACUGUAAAGUUCUGUUUUUGUGGCCUAUAAAAAGGUACCAACAAUUUCCUGUAUUGUUCCUGCAGUUACUGGCAAACAUCUCUCUGUACUGUACGUCUGCAAUUUAACAGCUGGCCUAUGCGGUGUAUACGUAUUUCCCUCUGUGGGAUAGAAAUAGGAAGUCAAAGAGGAACAGUAAAAAAAAAAUAAAAAUUACAUGACGUCUUAAAACCGUGCUGAUGUGCACGCCACAUUCAUGGUUUGGCAAAGUUGUAGAUGUUAUGAGGAAGCCAUUGUUACUGGUGCAGUAUAUAGAUAUCAGUGUCUGUUCUAACAGUCUGUAAAAGGCUCUACGAUUGGAGAAAAUAAGAACAGAACAAGGGAGAAAACCAAUGCUAGGUCCGUUUCUUUAGUGAAGGUCACGAUGUAACCGCCUCCUGUUAAAAUUUUUUUUCCCUGCUGAUCCCCCAGAUUCUCCCUGACAACAACCAUGAGUGACACAGCCUCAUAAAGCACAUAAGUAAAAGUCUGUGGUGAGAAGUCUACAUUUAAAUGGCUUGAAUACAUUUAAAAGGACGAUCUGUCACUUUCUCAUCUCCACCUCACUGCGCAAAACAGAAAGGUUUCAGUGUCUUAAUGGAAUAGUUUCUAACACUGUGAGCACAGCAGAGGGCCGUGGUUGAUUUAUGACUUUGGUAGCAGGUAUUUGCAUUUUGUGCACAUUUGAUUACACAGACCACAUUUUCACCACAAUCCCAUACACGGAGUGUGGAAACCGUGGGAUGAAAGACACCAGCAUUAUGUUACAGAAGGAACAGAAAAGGACCACAUACACAGAUGAGUACUCGUAUGCAAAAAACAAACACAUUUUUUGAUAGCACUGUAGGCCUCUAGUGGAAUAAAACAAUGUUUAGUUUGUCUGCUCUACCUUGUGUACUCCAACCCUACAUGACCCUGAAUUAUCCCAGUGAAAACUGUCAUGAUGGCUUGUGACACAUUAGAGAAAAGCUUUAGGAAAUGGAAACUGUAGCAAUACUUCAAGCACUCCUGCUAACUCUUCUUGUUAACUGCAAUAAAAAGAAAUGUCUACAAAUGUAUUCAUUGUUAUUUAGGAGAAGUGUAUUGAAACAUUACUGUAACUGUAGAUUAUUAAAAGAUGAGAAAAGGUAUGUGUUGGGGCUUCCUGAUUGUUCAAUUAAA